AGUUGUCCCUGCGAAAAGCAGGGUGUAUCUACCAGAGAGGAGCUUAGCCUCGUUGCACUCGCUCGGUAUAGCUUCAUUCCUAGGGAGAAAGACAGCAUCCAGCAUCAUUUACACAACCCAUAGCGCUCGGCCGGAAAGACUACAGCGUCUCAAUCGGACCACGCAAUCAAAGAGCUCUUGGGAAAGGUUGGAGUCAAAAACAUGCACUUUGUGAUCUGAGCCACUGGGCUCGCUCUUCUCGCCAACCGAUCGAGUCCUCAUCGGCACCCCGAACCACCAUCACACCCAUCGCCAACGUCACUACAGCCGACACAAUGCACGCCACAAUAUGCCUCAGGAGAGGCUUCUGGAGCCGAAGCAUCGAUGAGCUGAAGCGCCAAACACAAUUCGUAAUGAAUAUGGAAGGCAUCAAGGGGCCUUCUGGUCCGUUGGAGCUGCACUCGUUCCGCGACCCCGAAUCCGUCCAAGCUUGCAAAGCCAUGUCGGAUAAGGACGUCGGCGGCUAUUCCAGAUCCCAUCUCGAUUGGGUUGGCCCAGACAGGUCUUCUUCCCAAGUCCAAGUUGCCAAAAGCAACGAUUUGGAACCAACCGCCUACGCCCGAUUCCACGGCUCCAUAUCUACACGGCUACCAAGCACCCGCCCAGACAUAGAAAGAUCCGGAUUCGCUGGAUGGAGGACGCUGGACAGAGGAAGAACGAUUUUUGGCAAGAGCUUGUGGAACAUUGAUCAAUACACGUACCUCGCAAUGCGCAUCAAGUCAGAUGGGAGGAGUUACCUAGUCAACCUGCAGACCGAGUCGUUGAUACCAACAGAUCUGCACCAACAUCGCCUGUUUGCGAAACGACCUGGCCAGUGGGAAACUAUCCUGGUCAAGUGGAACGACUUUGUCAGGACGAAUCAUGGUUUCGUCGUCGAGCCGCAGGCGGAAAUAUUGAGGCAAAAGGUGCGCUCAGUCGGCGUAGGUUUGACAGACCGUGUGCCGGGCCCUUUUGAGCUGUGCAUUGAGAGGAUAUGGGCAACCAAUGAUGAGCGGGACGCAACGGACAGCGACCGAGGCCUUGCAAGAUCAAGCGGGCUCAGGAGCAAGCAAGGAGAAGCCAUCGAGUGGGAAACCUCCUGAGAUACUUCAUCAAGAGAAUUGAAACGGCAGCGCGGCUAGAUAACAGUACCGAUUCUAGUGCUGACCGACUUGGGAAGACAGACCGCUCACAGAGCGGGACCGACUUCGCUUUAAGCAUAACCUCUUGCAUCAUGUCAUACGAGGGUCAAUUUUUUCAGCACCAGGAAAAGAAAGGCCUUUUCAAAGAGCCUUACCUGUGGGCCCACCCGUAGAGGCGAGCCGAAUGCAGGUAAAAUAUCUUAAGUAAGGGAGAGACCGAGAAUCUCUCGUGUAAUACUUGGUGUACACACAUAUAUCUAUCCUUGUACAUAUCACUUUGUGCUACUAUAUUGGCAACAGAAAGGAGCUGCCACGAAAGAAGUUACGCUUGAUCUCCUAGGAAAUGCUUCAGUGUACCCAUACUUUCAUGCGACAUGAGCUAGUAGAUGGA